AUGACGAAGCGAAGUAACGGGCGUUCUGGAGCUGGCCGUUAUAACCUCCGCGUCCAAGUACCCUCGAAUGAGUUGUUCUCCUUCUUAGUUUGGAGUCCUAGCGAAGCAGACUUCUCCCGUUUGGACAAAUCUGAUGUUUAUGGAAACAAUGACUUGGCUUUUCGAAUCGCUGAGAGGCAUUUGGGAAUUCCAGCCCUUUUGGAUGCCGAAGAUAUGGCAGAAUACGCUGUGCCUGACAGGCUCUCUAUUCUGACUUACCUCUCACAAUUUUACCAAGCAUUCGCAUCAAAUAAUUCAUCUCCCGUUAAGAAACCAUCUCCCGAAUCCCCUGACGGAUCUCUGGUGUCCCUCGUCCAGGGUAAUGUACAGCCUUCUCCCAAAAUGGAGAAACCAGUGCGUUGGAGAGAGCCUUGCAUCGUCUGUAAACAGCCUGUGUUCAUUGCUCAGAGGCUGAGGGUGGAAGGUCGCCUAUAUCACAGAACUUGCUUCAGGUGCGCUCGCUGCGGAGCCCAACUGAGCGCAGCCGACUACUACGAGACCUGCUCCGGAGACUACGUUUGCGAGACCUGCCCGGAUGAGAUGCCCGUACCAGAGAAAGCUGUGACCGUUGUCCCUUUGCAAGAGACCAUGGAACCACCACCACCUCCAUUGCCCACGGUUCCGCCCCCCAGUGCGCCUCCCGAACCGCCACCGUCCCUCGUAGCCAUGAGGAGGCUGAUGUUCGAUACAGAUGAUGCAAAGCUCGGAAAACAUGACCAUAUUGUAAAUAACACUAGGAUAAUAAAUAGUAUAAAGAAAGAUCUCUCUAAAAAUGAUGAUACUAGAUCACGUGUGGACUUAAUUGAUAGCGAUAACAAGAAAAUUGUAAAUAGUAGUUUAGAUAAGCCAGGAGGAGAUUCUGGAGAGAAUCUCGAAGCCGAUAGUAAUGCUACUAAUAGUGAAGCUUUAGUUCAAAUUGUAAAUAAUUCUACCAUUCCUGCUUGUUCUAAUAUCUCUGUUUCCCAAAGAAUGGAAGACCCUGGACAAACCAGUCCUGAAACAAGUGAGAAAAAGGAUAGUAGCAAUAAGUUAAUUUCAAAUCCUGAAGAGGAUCAACCUUUAGAUAUAAGUGACAAUGCCCCUAGCUUUAAUGACAACCUUAAUAUAUCAAAUAUAGAAAAUACUUCGUAUUCUGAUAGUGAUAGUAAUCAGGCCAACACGACAAUAACUUUUAUUGUGACAGAAGACGAACCCUCUGAUGUUGCACCCAUGUGUGAUGUCGUCGAUGUGGUUGAAGCAAUCAAUACCGACGUCGUAAUGUCUACUGAGGCUGUUAAUGAAGUGGCUAAUAUUGAAAAUGAUGAUAAGCAAAUCAUUGACGAAAAACCGUCCGAAGAUUACCCCGACGAUUUGAAUCCAUUCGAUGAAUCUGGCGAAGAAGAAAAGACUGAACAGAAAACUAGUACGAAUCCUUUUGGUUCCGACAGUGAAGAAGAAGAGGUGACAGAAGUUAUGAUGAAACCUCGACCUCGAACUUCGAGUACGAUCAAUACUUCUCUUCAAAUUUCUAGGCCGGCGUCUACAAACCCAUUCGAUUCUGACGAUGAUGAAGAAGAAAUCAGACCAGAUUCACCUGAGCCAACACCGUUCCCUCGUCGUAGCAGGCUUCGGUCUAGCGGUAGAUCAAUUACAUCUCUUACGUCUAUAGCAUCCAGUACUUCCCCUAGGAAGAAGAGGCCUGCUCCUCAACCUCCAACACCAGGAACGUUGACUCCGUCUAGUCGCUAUUCCUCCAUUUCUUCCCUCGCUAGUAACAGGCCUAGAAAGAACAGACGUGCACCCUUGCCUCCAUCACUUCCAAAGGCUGCCAAUGAACCUGUUCAACCAUUGGAUAAGUCUGAAGAAUUGGCUGUAGUUCCUCAGAUAGAAAUAUCUAUAACAGCCGAGUCAGAACCACAGAGUUUAGAAACUACAGGGGAUAUUGCCAAUCAGAUCGAAGAAGGAAUGAAGAAAUUAAUUGAUGAACAUGAUAAAAUAGGUGAUGGUAUUGUUCAAAAUGAUGAGAAAGAGAAAAGAGAUUCGAUAGAUGAAUCCCCUAACGUAGAUUCAAUCAUCGAAGAGUUGAAAGUUUCAAAUAAGAACGAUGAAUUGGAAAAAUGUAGUAAUAACGAAGAAAAUAAACAAAUUCCUGAUUUGGAAGUGUCGUCCAUAAUUGCAGAAGUCAAUAAGGAUCCAAAUGUCGAAUUAAAUAGUGUGAUUUGUGAUAAAGCAGUAGAGAGAAUUAUCAAAUAUGAAAACAACGAUGCCAACAGUUUGGUAGAAGCUUAUAAUAAUGAGUUUAAAUCAGUAUCUAGAAACAAUUCAACUAUUAAUAGUUCUAUGAUUAAGUUUGACGAAAUGGUGCCGAUGAAACAUAGUACACCUGUUAAAGUCGACGUUUCCCGCGCCAAAGAGAAUUCGUUGGAAGAGAUGGCUUCUGCACACUCAUACUCCGGAUCAUUUUAUCCUUCCCCUUCUGGUUCGAUUGCAGACAGUUCUUCCUAUCAAGAGUCUACUCCGCCUUUGGAAAAGAAACACAAAGAUUCUUCCAAUAUGCACCGGAAGAUAUCAGCUCCACUUGCUCCAUUGCCGCAGCGGAGGAUUGUGAAACCAAUGGCUAUUCACAGGAUCAAACAGGAACUAGGCGACAUCGAAGUAAAACAACAAGAAUUGGAAAGGCAAGGAGUCUCCUUGGAACAGAAGAUCAGAGAAAAGUUUGAUUCAGAUGUCAGCAUAACACCGUACCUUGAGGAGUUAGUUCUUCAGCUCUUUGAACUAGUCAACGAAAAGAACGAACUAUUCCGGAAACAAGCUGAAUUAAUGUACCUACGGAGACAACAUCAAUUGGAAGAGGAACACGCAGAAUUAGAAUUUCAAAUCAGAUGUCUAAUGGCGAGGCCUGAAGUUAACAAAACUGAUACAGAUAAAGAACUAGAAGAAAAACUAAUACAAAGAUUAAUUGAAGUUGUUGAACGAAGGGAUGCCAUCGUACAGUGCCUGGAAAUGGAUAGGCUCAGGGAAGCAGAAGAAGACAAAAGUAUUCAUAAGCAAUUGGACCGAUUUUCUCAAGUAGCCAUAAUCGACGAACGGAUGAAAGUGACAAAAAAACAUAAAAAGAAGAAGGAUAAACACAAUUCUUUAAAAAUGCUAGAUAUGGAUAAAGAUUUAGACGAGUCCGAAAAAGAAUCGAAAAAGAAGAAAAAAUGGUAUACUUUACAUCCUAAAAUGGGAAAACAUUUAUAAUUUACGAUUAUCGUUGAUGUUAUGUUAAACGUUUUUAUAUUUUAGAACGAUUAAAUCAUUCUCAUUGUGAUCAUUUUCAUAUUAGCUUAUUGUUUUAAAUUUGUUAAUCGAAAUCAAGUUUUUAAGUGUCAUAUAAUUUUUGUUUUUUAUUGAUAAAAUAUUUAUUUUAAAUUAAUUGUAACUUAAAUUUAUUUAUGAUUUGUUCUUAUCACUAUUGGAGUAUAAGGUUUUUCUAUUAUUUUAUCAUUGUGUUGCCAUUAAAGUGUGAUAAGCCUUUUAAAUUUAAAGGCCUCAAAGUUUAUUAUGUGACUGAAUAUAUAGUUAUUGAAAAUAAAAUGAAAAUUAUUUUUUUUGAU